AUGUUUCUAAUGAAAGGCAAGACUUUGAAAAAUAAGAAUCGUGGUGAGACAGACAGGACUGCUCCUGCAGUAGGACAACGACAAGUUAAUUUCUUGCUUCUUUCCCUUUUGCUUUUGCCUUCCUCUUACUUUCCUCCUCCUUCUCUUUCUUUCUUUCAUUCUUUCUUUCCUUCUUUCUUUCUUUCUUUCUUUAUUUUCUUUUGCCUUUCUCUCAAUAUUUUAAUUUUAUUUUCCUUCUCAUUUUCUUUCUUUCUUUCCUUCUGUCAUUCUUUCUUUCUUUUUCUUUCUUUCUUACCUUUUAUCUUUACCUUUUCUUUCUUUGUUUCUUUCUUUGUUUCUUUGUUUCUUUGUUUCUUUCUUUCUAAUUCUCCUGUCCCUUUCUUUCCUUCUUUCUUUCUUUCUUUCUUUCUUUCUUUCUUUCUUCCGACGAUUUCUAUCUAUCUAUCUAUAUCUAUCUAUCUAUCUAUCUAUCUAUCUAUCUAUCUAACGCAGCCUCUUCAUUAUCUAUCUAUCUAUCUAUCUAUCUAUCUAUCUAUCUAUCUAACGCAGCCUCUUCAUUAUCUAUCUAUCUAUCCAUCUAUCUAUCUAUCUAACGCAGCCUCUUCAUUAUCUAUCUAUCUAUCCAUCUAUCUAACGCAGCCUCUUCAUUAUCUAUCUAUCUAUCUAUCUAUCUAUCUAUCUAUCUAUAUAUAUAUAUAUAUAUAUGCCUCUUAG